AAUUCAUGAAAAAUUGAUAGUUCAUUCUGACCUUGGAAAAGCUGCAAGCUGGAAGAGACUAACAGAAAAAUUUCUGAACUUGCCACUCCCAAGUGUUGAAGAAACAAAGGUUUCUUCUAAUUUGUGGGGAAAACCUUGGAACCCUCAAUAGCUUACACAUAUCAUCAGUAGUUAUACUGUACUCUGCAGAUUUUUGAAAAAGUACCUUUAGUUGUGCUUGUUUUGAGUCAAAAUGAAAACCAACCAAACCAAACCAAAAGCCCAAGCAAGCACUUAAUACUCGAAUGUUGCAAGUAUGCUAAGAUUUGAAAGAGCCCUUUUUUUGUCCUCUUUUUUUUUUUUUUCUUUCUUUUCUUUUGAAAAUGGAACUGAGGGUAGAUAAUAUCUCCUAUUUGAGAAGUUAACCUGCAUUUAGUUUUUAGCAGUGGCACAUAACUGGGAAGACUGAGUAUUUAUCAGCUUUAUGACUGGUAAGUGAAACACCAGCCUGCACAUGUGAUUCUGUCAAUGACCUACUGGUGUUCUUUGAUGAAGUCUUACAGAGUCAGUAAUGUUCAGUGGGAACAUACUAUAUUCCAUAUAUACUAGAUGAGUGUGAUGCUGCUCUAUCAAAAUUUGAAUUUAUUUUUUUUAAAUACAAGCAGCUGUCUUUCCAAAAUAGCUUUGUAAGUGGGUAUAUGUAUGUGUCUAAGUGUAUAUAAUGUAGAUAGCAGAAUCUCCAUGUGUCUGGAUAUGAAAUGGUCUGCUGAAGAACUUUGGAAAGUUAGACUCAGGCUAAAGAAAAAUCUUUCCUUAAUAAGGAAUGGUUAUGCUGUAAGCAGUUAUUAGGGAGUAAACCAUAACACAAAUCUCUGCAACAUACCAGUGUUGGCACAGUAUUCUAACCAGACUGAAAGCCAACCGCAUUAGUGCAAUACUGGAUUUAAAGAUGGAUCCUUCAUGCUUUGUGUAGAUUUUCUGAGGGAAAAUAGUGUGAACACGAUACUAAAAUGUAGCAAUUUUAGCAAAGUGUUUUAGCAAACUGUGUUUUAGCCUCUGAAAUAAUCAGCUAUACAACUAAGGGAACCUAAGACUUAGUUUCCUGCAGGCCAAUUACCUGUGUCAUCCUGCCCCAUCCAUGUUAAUGUAGCUGUCCAUUAUUCCUUGUUCCCUGGUGACUUCUUAACUUUUAUAGUACUUCAGGGUUCCUCUUAAUUCUUUUCCUUAUUCUCUGAUUAUCAGCUCACUAAGAGGUGGCUUAUGCUGUGGCUACUUUUGGAGUAUUUGUAUAUUGAUUGGCAAUUAGUAGGCAAAAGAGAAUGGAUGACAUUCAAUAUCAUGUUGCAGAUGUUAUUUUUGUAAUUCAGGACUGCGGAAUGGGAACUAAUGGGGAGCAUUCCUUCAGAUAACAGGCUGAGUUUGUUCCUAACCAAAAUAUUGUAGACCACUUACUGACUUGCUUUUUCUUUUUUAAUGUGUUUUGAAGACAGAUACACACUAUUCCAUACUGUCUCUUCUGUUGUGUUUGUCUGAUUCUCCAUCCAACACCACCUAUGUGGAAAAACCAAGAGUCAAAGAAGUGGAUUCCUUUUUGAAUGAUCUCUGCACAUUCCCUCGGCGGUGUUUUGAAUGCACUUUCAGCCCAUUCCAGGAAUGUGAAUAUGAAGAGGUUAUCUCAAACAACACUAAUUACAAAAAGGAAGAAGAAUUUGAUUGGGGAAAGUAUCUGAUGGAAGGAGAAGAAAUCUACUUUGGCCCAGGUGUAGAUACACCAGAUUGGUCUGGAGAAAGUGAAGAGGAGGAAGACACUCAGCCUUUGAGCAGAGAGGACUCUGGUAUUCAAGUAGACAGGACGCCUUUAGAAGACCAAGAUCCAAAUAAGAAAACAGUACCUAACGUUUCCUGGAAAGUUGGUGAACCCGAUGCUCGCAGCUGGCUGGAGCAGCAUGUAGUUCCUCAGUACUGGACGGGAAGAGCUCCUCGCUUUUCACAUAGUUUGCACUUGCAUUCCAACCUGGCUGCAGUCUGGGACCACCACUUGUACACCAGUGAUCCUUUAUAUGUGCCAGAGGAGAGAACACUAGUCACUGAAACUCAGGUUAUACGGGAAACUCUCUGGCUACUUUCAGGAGUGAAAAAGCUUUUUAUAUUUCAGCUGAAUGACGGAAAAGUGGCUGUGCGGAAUGAUAUUAUUGUAACUCAUUUAACACAUAAUUGCCUGAGAUCUGUAUUGGAACAGAUAGCGGCAUAUGGUCAAGUUGUGUUUAGGCUACAGAAGUUUAUUGAUGAAGUGAUGGGACACAGCCCGGAAAGCAUAAUGCAUGGAACAGCUUCUACUCCAAAGAAAACUACUGAAGCCCCAUUCAGAACCUACCAAGCUUUUAUGUGGGCCUUGUAUAAAUAUUUCAUUAGCUUUAAAGAAGAACUUACUGAAAUUGAAAAAUGCAUAAUCAACAAAGAUAAAACAGUCACACUUUCAAUAGUAAUAGAUAAGUUGUCUCCCCGGCUGGCACAGCUGAAGGUGCUUCACAAAGUUUUCAGCACAGGAGUAGCGGAAGUGCCACCUGACACCAGAAAUGUUGUACGAGCAUCUCAUCUGCUUAAUACUCUCUACAAAGCUAUUCUUGAAUAUGACAGUGUUGGAGAAGCGUCUGAGCAAACGGUAUCUCUUCUGUUCUCUCUCUGGGUUGAAACUGUGAGGCCAUACUUACAGAUAGUGGAUGAGUGGAUAGUCCAUGGUAAUCUGUUUGAUCCUGCAAAGGAAUUUAUCAUUCAGAGAAACAAAAACGUUCCAGUUAAUCACAGAGAUUUUUGGUAUGCUACCUACACGUUAUAUAGUGUGUCAGAGAAGACUGAGAAUGAAGAGAAGAUGAGCGAUAAUGCCAGCGCUAGUUCUGGCAGUGAUCAGGCCCCUUCAAGCAGGCAACACACUAUGGUCUCUUUUCUGAAACCUGUGCUGAAGCAAAUCAUCAUGGCUGGAAAAUCCAUGCAGCUGUUGAAGAAUCUUCAGUGCAAAGAUGGCUCUCCACAGCAGGCUGCGUCAAGAGAUGCUGAACGAAAGAGUUUGUAUACGCUGUUCUUGGAAUCGGUGCAGUCUCGCCUGCGGCAUGGAGAAGAGUCUGUUCCAGAUAUUAUUACAGAACAGCAGGCCACAAAGCAGAGCCUGAUAAAGAUGCAGUCUAUAGCAGAAAGACACUUGGAACUGGACGAUGUCCAUGACCCACUGCUGGCUAUUAAUUUUGCCAGAUUGUAUUUGGAACAGAGUGACUUCCACGAGAAGUUUACUGGUGGAGAUGUUUGCGUGGAUAGAUCUUCAGAAUCCGUGACCUGCCAGACUUUUGAACUGACAUUGAGGUCUUGCCUUUAUCCCCAUAUAGACAAGGAAUACUUGGAAUGCUGUGGUAAUUUAAUGCAAACUUUAAAGAAGGAUUAUAGGCUUGUAGAAUAUUUGCAGGCAAUGAGAAACUUCUUCUUACUUGAAGCUGGAGAUACCAUGUAUGACUUCUAUACGUCUAUUUUUGACAAAAUUAGAGAAAAGGAGACUUGGCAGAAUGUUGCUUUCUUAAAUGUUCAACUUCAGGAAGCGGUUGGGCAACGCUAUCCAGAGGACAGUGCAAGGUUGUCUAUAUCAUUUGAAAGUGUUGAUACGGCAAAGAAGAAACUCCCUGUCCACACCUUAGAUGGUUUGACAUUGAGUUACAAGGUUCCUUGGCCUGUGGAUAUAGUUAUAAGCUUAGAGUGCCAAAAAAUUUACAAUCAAGUUUUUCUGCUCUUACUGCAAAUAAAGUGGGCCAAGUAUAGUCUAGAUGUUUUACGAUUUGAUGAACUAGUCUGUGCUGCAGAAAACCCAGAGGCAAAGGAAGGAACUGUAGUAGAACAAAGAAUGCUUCCUCUAUUUGGAGUGCAAACAGAAAGUAUAAAACAACAAAUACAUCGCAUGUUCCUCUUAAGAGUGAAACUUAUGCAUUUUGUUAACAGCCUGCACAACUACAUCAUGACUAGGAUUCUUCACAGUACAGGCUUGGAGUUUCAGCAUCAGGUAGAAGAAGCCAAAGAUUUAGAUCAGUUGAUAAAGAUUCAUUAUAGAUACCUGUCUACAAUCCAUGAUCGCUGCCUACUGAGAGAAAAGGUGAGCUUUGUGAAAGAAGCUAUAAUGAAAGUAUUAAAUUUAGUACUGAUGUUUGCAGACCGCUGGCAGGCUGGUUUGGGGGCUUGGAAGAUGGAAUCCAUAGAGAAGAUGGAAUCUGAUUUUAAAAACUGUCACAUGUUUCUUGUAACUGUUCUCAACAAAGCUGUCUGUCGAGGCUCUUUUCCACACUUGGAAUCUUUAGCUUUGUCACUGAUGGCUGGCAUGGAACAAAGUUAACACCUGAGUAUUGAAUUGAUAAAGAACUGAAAGCAGCAUUUAUGCUGAAAUCCUCUUGUUAAAAAACUGUAAGCAUUACACUCCAGUUUGAAAUGUGUUUAACUAAAUGAUGCUGAUGGUUUGGAGCUGUGUAAAAUAUUUUAAAAUGUAAAUAAUGUACAGGUAUUUAAGUGUAUUCGUUGUGGCAGUAUUUUUUUCUGUACGUAUAUGCUUCAACAUCAAAAUACAUGUAUAGUGUAAAAUUCAUCCUGUAUAAACAAUCUUACUUGAAAAUACGUAAAAUGUAUUUUGUGCGGUAAAAAUUAUUUAUUUUUUGUUUAAUUAUGAAUAAUUGCUGAUUUUCUUUUUCCAUUAAUUUUGCAGCUUUCAAUAGGCCACAGGGCAGUGUGGAGUGGUGUGACUCAAUUCUUAUUAUUCAGAAGGUCGAUUGAGUUAAUUUUUGGCUGUUGAAAAAAGGCUAAGAAGCGUUCAUCUUAUUUGCUUAGUGGUCCUUAAGAACUCUUUGGGAAUAGUUGACUGUUAUAAUAAGCAGAUGUAAAAAAUACAAGAUGAACUUAUCAAAAUGAAUUAUUGCAGGCUAUAAAAUACCAAUAUUUUUUAUGUUAAGUGACCAAAUGCUUACUAAUUUUAGUGGUAGCGCUUGUCAGUUUAAGUAAGGUCAAGAUCACAGUGUGUAAUGUAUUAAUUUUAAGUAUGGGGAUUGUUGAGAUGUUUCAGAGUUGGUCAUAUAUGACUUGACAGUUCUCCUCCUAAGCCUUUUGCAAACAAACCUGACAUCUAAUAGCUAAUCUCAUGUAAAGCAGCAGAUUGUAAUACAGAAGGGUGCAUUUCUAGAGAAGUAAACGUGGAAUGUGUGUUCUGCAGAAGAUGACUUGCCUGUCUCCUCUCUGUGAAAGUUUCUCUGUAAUUCUGGCAUCGCUACACUUGCAUUUUAAAAGUGAAAGUCAUAGGCAUUUAGUUAUUUAUUUGAAUAAAUAAAAGAUUUAAUAAUUGGAAUUUCA